AGCACAUAUUGGGCAGUGAAUUGAAGACAUUUCCAUAUUCAAUAAGCAGACAGGAGGUGGUGUUUUACUGGACCAGUUAAAUGGAUGUGCAGCAACACUUUCUCUCCGGCGCUCAUUCACAUGUCUUUAUCAGAGGUCUGCAGCGGUAAUCCUCUUAAAGCCAGUCAACAGAGGCGGAGCAAAAAGCUCUCAUUGCGUUUUUCCAGUUUCCUCCCCGCAUUUUACCGGGAAGCUUUGGGUGCGCAGUGCGUGGCCGGACGGACGGACGGAGGACGGACGGGUCUUUACCGUGAUGCGUAAUGUUGUGUUUUGUGUAGAAUAGCUGCGUGAACGUCGGAGAGGGAGCAGAUGCGGCUCUUGCCAUGACUUGCCCCGGGAAGCAGAGCUUUCAAGCGGCGUUGAUCUUCCUGUCUGUCGCCCAGCUGACUGCAGGUCUGAAGUGUGUGUGCCAGCUGUGUGCCAACCACACCUGUGAGACGACCACUGACGGUGCCUGCUGGAACUCGGUGAUGUUGAUAGACGGGAAGGAGGAGACAGUCAAGUCCUGCCUGUCGCCCACCGAGAUGAAGGGUCAGGUUUUCUGCUACAGCUCCAGAAAUGUCUCCAAGAGGAGCUGCUGCUUCACUGACUUCUGCAACAAUGAGACUCUCCGCUUAUACCCAGAGAGAGCAAUAGAGGAACCCGGCUGGAGCAGAAUGCAGCUCACUGUGGUGAUCCUGGUGCCCUCCUGCCUGUUGUGUGUGGGGAUCCUGCUGGGUGUUUUCAUUGUGCAUGGCCACCGCUGUGCCUACAGCAGAGCCCAUAAGCAGGACCCAGAGGAGCCUCUGGACGACCAGAUGCUCAUGUCAGCUGACAAAUGUCUCAAAGAUCUGAUUUACGACUUGAGCACCUCAGGCUCUGGAUCAGGUUUGCCACUGCUGGUCCAGCGGACUAUAGCUCGGACCAUUGUCCUACAGGAGACCAUUGGGAAGGGUCGAUUUGGGGAGGUAUGGCGGGGAAAAUGGCGAGGGGAGGAUGUGGCGGUGAAGAUCUUCUCCUCCAGGGACGAGAGGUCAUGGUUUCGUGAAGCAGAGAUUUAUCAGACAAUCAUGCUCAGACACGACAACAUCUUGGGCUUCAUUGCUGCUGACAACAAAGAUAAUGGCUCAUGGACCCAGCUCUGGUUGGUGUCAGAGUACCAUGAGCAUGGCUCGCUGUAUGACUACCUGAACAGGUACACUCUCUCUCUGGAAGGCAUGAUCGUCCUCGCCUUGUCCAUAGCCAGUGGGCUGGCACAUCUCCACAUGGAAAUCAUUGGCACACAGGGGAAACCUGCCAUUGCUCACAGAGACCUGAAGUCUAAAAAUGUCCUGGUUAAGAAGAACGGUACAGCGGUCAUUGCGGAUUUAGGUUUGGCCGUAAAACACGACUCCAGGACCAACACCAUCGACAUACCGUCCAACCACAAAGUGGGAACCAAGAGGUACAUGGCCCCAGAAAUCCUGGAUGAGACAAUCAAUAUGCACAGCUUUGAGUCAUUCAAGCAGGCAGAUAUCUACUCGCUCGGCCUGGUGUUCUGGGAACUGACCCGAAGAUGCUCUGUUAGGGGGCUCCAAGAAGAUUUCCAGCUGCCUUAUUAUGACCUGGUGCCUUCAGAUCCGACCAUCGAAGACAUGAGGAAGGUGGUAUGUGAGCAGAAACUCAGACCCAACGUUCCCAACCAGUGGCAGAGCUGUGAGGAUCUGCGUGUGAUGGGCAAACUGAUGAGAGAGUGCUGGUACGCCAACCCUGCUGCUCGACUCACUGCUCUGCGGGUCAAGAAAACCGUGUCUCAGCUGUCUGCCAUCAAGGAUGUCAAAGAUUAGUUCAAUUUAUUGCCCUGCGGAUCAGCACCGGUGCCGGCACUGGUGCGACACGAUGGACUGGAGAGAUGUUCGGAAGCAAACAGGGAGAAACUGCUCUCUCUCUUUAACUGCCUGAGGCUGCCCUCUUCAGGACACAACCACACUGUUCACCCCCAGAGAGCAGAUCCAGGUUGUUUAUGGUGCCAAAGUUUGUCGGGGUGGGUGGAGGGGUCGUCUGUGGCUGCUUUGCACAUAGACACCUCAUGAAACAAUUUGAACCAACCAACUGAAGUAGGAGCCAAACGAAAUAAGAAUGUGCAUAAUGUAUAUACAGAUUAUUUUUGCUACCUCAAACGCUGAAGUGCCCAAAGCUUAAAGUUGCACAUUGUGAUGUUUUCGUGCCAUAUCUUGUAACACUUAUAGUGUGAUAACUGACAAUCACAAAGGAUACUGAAGUCACUUGAACAGGUACUGACUUGUUUGAAAUGACACAUGUACAGACUGUCUCUGAUAAUUUGAGCUUUAAAGUAUUUGAAGUACUUUUGCAUAGUUAUUACAGCACUAUUACAGAGAAAUGGUUUGUUGAAAGCUCAGUGGAAAGGUGACUAUACACCUAACAGGGGUACAACUGUGCAAUUUCCAUGGAUGGUAAUGAGUCACUCGCUCUCGUGAUCUAGAUCACAAUGACAUUUGACACAUUCGUGGUCCCCAGAUGAAGAAUCCUGAUCAUUUUUGAUGAUCCCCAUACUUUAAAUCAGCCAAGCUGAAGUGUGUAAGAUUUAGUGGCAAUGAAUAAUCUCCCACACCUCACCCUCUUCUUCGAAACAUGUAGGAAGAGGACC